AUGGAUGUCAGCAUGUGGACCUACGAUGUUCUUCUCAACCAAUGGAAUACUACUGAAACAAUUGGCGAAAAGAAUCCGCAACGAGUAUCGUAUGGCGCAGGAACGCAAGUCGAAAGUCGUGGGCUGGGAUUUUACUUUGGCGGCUGGCUCAGCAACAAAACAACACCUGGUUGGACUGGACCCCCAAUGGCUACGACCGGUCUGAUGCGAUUCGACAUGUCUACCGGCGACUUGCAGAAUACGACCGGUCCAGAUGAUAUUGGGAGAGCUGAAGGACAACUAGUAUUUCUACCUGUCUCAGAUAGCGGCGUGCUUGUUUAUUUCGGUGGCAUCGAAGACUCGUACCGCAACGGUAGCUUUGACGCAGCAAACAUGAGUACCAUACAUGUCUACGACAUGGCUUCAUCGAAAUGGUAUACACAGACUGCUUCCGGCGAUAUACCUGACACACGGAGGCAAUUCUGUGCUGAUGUCACCUGGCCUGAUGACCAGUCGUCUUUCAACAUAUACCUAUAUGGUGGAUACGGCUUCGAAAAAGCAGCAGCGUACGACGACGUCUACAUCCUAUCGCUUCCAUCAUUCACAUGGAUUAAGGUCUUCAGCAGUGAUGAUGUUCCCUCUCAAGUUGGUCACGGCGGUUGUAGCGCAAACGUCGUCAACCAUGCGCAGAUGUUAGUCAUAGGUGGCUGGUUUCCCCUCUACGACAAAUGCGAUGCACCCGAGGGACAAGGACAACACAACAUGGUUCUAGGAUACAACGGUGGGGACUCGAAGCUUUGGGACAAGUUUAGCCCUCAGCUAGACGACUACGUAGUACCUUCACCUAUUAUUGCCGCAGUUGGAGGCGGGUACGUCUUUACGGUCCAUAUCAAAAGUUGUCACAGCUAA